AUGUCCCAGACGGGGAACGGCUCCCUGACCACCCACGUGCUGAACACGGCCACGGGGCUGCCGGCAGCCGGCCUCGCCAUCCGCCUGGCCCAGCUGCAGGAGCCAGGGCCGCAGUGGACGGAGCUGGUGCAGAGGUGGACGGACGAGGACGGGCGCUGCCUGCCCCUCCUGGCUGUGGGGCAGGCCAAGGCCGGCACCUACAAGCUGCGCUUUGAGACGGCGGCGUACUGGCAGGGCCUGGGCCACGCCAGCUUCUACCCCUUCGUGGAGGUCGUCUUCACCGUCACUGACCCGGCCCAGAAGCUGCACAUCCCGCUGCUGAUCAGCCCCUACUCCUACACAACGUACCGGGGCAGUUAG